AAGAAGAAGGUAAAGGGAUUAGACUCAAAACGGAGCCUGCUUUUUUAACCUCGUCACUGUUGUCACACUGACAGUGUACAAGGAAACUCUUGAGCCAAAACUCCAUCCGUUCAUCCGUCUGUCCUUCCUCUACCUCUCCUCGCUCCCUCCGCUCAUCCACCCAUGCAGCCACCUCAGCUGUCAACAGGGGUCCAGCAGCAUCCAAAAACAGAACUGCUGCUGAAGGACUGAGCUGCAGCACAGAUAGGAGUGGACUGGACACCCUCCUUUGGAACGUGCCAACAAGUUGAAGACCUUGUCAGCACAGAUGAGGAGGCUCUUGCACACUCUGUUAAUGGACUCAAGAUAAAGAGAUUGUGGAUUAUAUUGUUGUUUGCAACAGUCUCUUUACAAAUGACAACUUUGGGUUUGAAAACCACAUAAAUUAGCCCAUCAUGCUUUUGAAGUCAGGACUAUUCUUCACUUUGUGUCUGUUUACCCUCCAAGCAAGUCGAAUCAAAGACCUACAUGACCACGGUUUUUCUGGACUCAGGGAUGUGAAGUACCGACACUUUCUAGAAGCCUCCAGACCGAUCAGACACACCACAAAUGUCAGAGCAGAGCAGAACGGACACCGGACAAAGAGGUCGGCGCUCCUCAACACGGGGGUCAAAGUGUGUCCCCAGGAGACGAUGAAAGCAGUCAUCGGCAGCCAUCGGGCAUAUUACAAGCUCAGAGUUUGUCAGGAAGCGAUAUGGGAAGCGUUUCGGAUCUUCUUGGACAGAGUCCCAAACUCAGAGGAAUACAGUGCCUGGCUUUACACCUGCCAGCAUGAGAACCUCUGCAUGGACGACCUGGCCCAGAACUUCAGCAGCUCUCAGGAGCAUCUGGACAUGGUGGCCAAAAAAGUAGCCGAGCAAGCUGAAAUGGAAGGAAUCGCUGAAACCACCGAGGCAGGAAGGGAUUGCACCUGGACACCCCCGCUGAUUCUGCUACCGACGGAAGUUGAAGUGAUCGAUGAAGACCACAACAUGAUAAAAGAGAACUAUGAGGAGUACAUUGUCGAGUUCAGAGUCACCAUCGUGGAUCCGACAUACAGCAAGCUGCUCAGGAACCCAACAGCUCACCACAGUGACAUCACACGAGAGCUCACAGACAAGAUGUUUCGUGUGUUUGAAAACGUUCCAGGAUUUAAAGAGAUUCGUAUUCUUGGAUUUCGCUCAGAGGAUGUGUCUGUGCGUUACGCUGUGGUCUUUAAUGGAGAAACAGAGCUGAAUGAUGAACCUGACGGUCUUGAGGAAUCUGAGCAUGACGAGGAUGUAAAUGCCCCUAAACUGAAGCAAAUUAUCGUAAAGGCCUUAAAACAGGAACUGUUACUGCCACUGGACAUACAGACACUCAGCUUUGAGGCUGUAACCACGGUGUAUCCAGUUGCUGAGCUCGGCAUGAAUCCUGUCGAGAGUGCCGUGUCGGAGGAAGACACCACACAGGCACCGACAGCGGGCAAUUCUCCCACCCAAAGUUUUCUCCCCACUGUGGCAGUGUUAGAAAACUCUUUGGAAGCUUAUACAACCAAACCAGAAACACACACCUUCGUGCCUUUCAUCCCAAACGUCGUCCCAGAAAGCACCCCUGCCGUGACUGAUGAGACUCCUUUGAUGUCAUCAGCAGAGGAGGAAUCCACAGAAGAUGCUGCUGAGCAGCCCGGUGACAUUAUGAAACCAGACACAAAACUGGAAACCAUCACAGAGCAGGAAGAGGAAGCAGGGCCAGAGGUGGGGGAGAUACCACCAACUGAGUAUGAUGACGGACGUGAGGCUGAACCUGAAGGACCGCUGACAGACGAACCUGAACCAGCUGAUGGCGAACAGAAUGAGGACCUUCCCUUAGCGACCCCCGACUCCCAACCAGAAGUAGUAAUUACUGAUACACCUGUUGAGGUUAACCUGGACCUGCCAGGGUCUGCAGAUCCCACAGUUACUGAGGUAUCUGUCAUAGAAGCAAAAGUCCCAGUCUCUACAACGUCAUCUCACGAGGAUGUGUUCCAAGGCCUUGAACCAGAAUCAGAUGUGAGUGAGCCUUCGCCAUCCUCUGUGGAGAGCGGCGAAGCCCCCGAGGACAGAGAUGAGUCCAGUGGAGGGCACAGUGGAGCGGCCCCGGUCUCAACAGACUUGCCUCCUGAGAACCCAAACAUUCAAGAUGACAUAGGGUCAACUCAGAACGGAGUGGAGGCGGAAGCGACCGAGCCUGUGGAAGAAGAGAGUGGUAGCGGAUUCCCCUCAGAGUCUGACGAACGCCCGUACGAAUCCACGGCUGCACCAGCUAUGAGACAAGUCAGCAGCCCUCUGAUGACCGCAGUGGAUCAGGGCAAAGAGUUAGUGAUUUUCUUUAGCUUGAGGGUCACUAACAUGAUGUUUUCUGAUGGCCUGUUCAACAAGAGCUCCCCAGAGUAUAAAUCACUGGAGAAUACCUUUCUUGAGCUGACACAGCACUCUGGGUCCAGAAACUCGCCAAACCCUGGAGCUUCCAGUAAAUCUGGGCCUGGGAGACAGAAGACUUUAGCCUCCAUACCGCUUCUGCCAUAUCUACAAUCCAAUUUGACUGGAUUUAAGCAGCUGGAAGUUCUCAACUUCAGGAACGGCAGCGUUGUGGUAAACAGCAAGAUGAAACUGGACAAGCCGGUACCUUAUAAUGUCACAGAAGCUGUUCACUGUGUGCUCGAAGACUUCUGCAACGCAGCUUCUAAACGUCUCGACAUUGAGAUCGACAGUCGCUCGUUGGAAGUGGAACAAGCUGACCAAGCGGACCCCUGUAAGUUCCUGGCCUGCAACGAGUUUUCACGCUGCGUUGUAAACAGUUGGACCGAAGAGGCAGAGUGUUUGUGUGAUCCAGGCUACAGCAGCUCGGACGGCCUGCCGUGUCAGAGCACCUGCGCUUUGCAGCCGGACUACUGCCUGAAUGGAGGCCUGUGUGAAAUAAUCCCAGGGCACGGAACCACCUGCAGAUGUCCUGUAGGUAAAUACUGGCACUACCACGGAGAACGCUGCAACGAGCUGGUGUUGAUGCCAGUAGACCCUCCGCUAAUUAUGACCUGCCUGGUGGGAUGCCUCUGCUUCAUUUGUGCCAUCAUUGGCAUUUUGAUAUUCAUUAACAAGAAAUGUAUAAAGACCAGAAAGGCUGUGACUUUGGUGCAUACCCUUGCUCCCUAUGCCUUUGAGAAUACUUUGAGGGUGAACCCCGUGUUUGAGAAUGAUGAUGGUGUCUUAACUCAAGUGUCCACAUUGCCAUACUCUUCAAGUUCUACUUCUUCCCAAUCCCAACAGUCUGAACAAGAAUAUUUUGCCUCAAUUGAAAAUAUACAUCUGAGUAUUGAGAUCCCCAGACAACUCUACACAACAAGAUCAGAAAAGUUAGUCUCAGAAAUGGUGGACUUCCAUCACUGUAUACCACACAAUGAGGUGAGGACUGAAAAAACAUGCUGUCUUUUAAGGGCACCGGAUAACGAAUGUUUUGAAGUCUCCGUUCUUUGAUGGGACCUUGUUCGUCUGAGGAGCAGCUGACACAGUACCACAGUGCAAAACACGAGGUAGCAAAGACUGAAGUUGCUGUUUAACUAUACAUGGGACACUAUGGUACGGUAGACGAGUC